GCCAUGCUGAAGUGCGGGAUGAGCGGCAGUCAGGUGAAAGUAUUUGGGAAAGCGAUCCAAGCACUCUCACGAAUUAGUGAUGAGCUGUGGCUAGACCCUUCUGAAAAAGGUCUUGCUUUAAGAUCUGUGAAUUCUUGUCGGUCAGCAUAUGGAUGUGUCCUCUUCUCGCCUGUGUUUUUUCAACAUUAUCAAUGGUCAACCUCGGUGAAAACGAAUGAUAGUGACACAAUAUCGAAUUUAAAUUGCAAAUUGGGAAUGAAGUCAAUUCUGCCUAUCUUUAGAUGUCUGAAUUCCCUCGAAAGAAAUGUAGAGCAGUGCAAAAUAUUUACCAGAUCUGAUAAGUGCAAAGUAGUUAUUCAAUUCUUCUGCAGACAUGGUAUUACAAGGAUUCAUAAUGUGUGUUUUCAAGAAAGUCAGCCUUUGCAAGUUAUUUUUGAAAAGAAUAUGUGUUCUAAUACACUAGUGAUUCAACCAAGAGUGCUUGCUGAGGCAAUUGUUCUUUUUACAUCGAGUCAAGAGGAAGUUACUCUUGCUGUUACUCCACUGAACGUUUGCAUUAAGAGUUCUAAUGAGGAAUCAAUGGAUUUGACCAAUUCUGUAUACAGUGAGAUGUUUGUUGGGCCAGAUGAGUUUGACUUCUUUCAAAUUGGAGUCGACACUGAAAUAACAUUUUGCUUCAAAGAACUGAAGGGAAUGCUGACAUUUUCAGAAGCUACACAUGCUCCUAUAGCCAUUCAUUUUGAUUUUCCUGGGAAACCCAUGGCUUUAAGUAUUGACGAUAUGCUAUUGGAAGCCAACUUUAUUUUGGCUACAUUAGCUGAUGAGCCAAGUAGAGCAUCUUCUCCACAAUCACUGUAUCUUUCACAAAAACGAAAAAGGUCAGAGCUGAUACAUUCAAAUUCAGAGGCUGGUAAAAAUGUAACCAGCAAGGAUGCAGAGUAUAUCUCGAGAAAAGCAGUACCCAAAAGGCUUUAUUCUGAGACUCGCACGAACACCUCUUCAUUGGAAAACUGUGGCGGCCCUUUAACGGAAAGAGCAAACGGAGACAUUAGUGAAGUACCAGAAAGCAGUGUCAGUGACACGGAGGAAGUGCCAGGAUCUUCAUAUCUCAGGAAGUUUUCUUGCAUGUUCUUUGGAGCAGUUUCUUCUGACCAACGAGAACACUUCAACCACCCUUUCCACAGUGUGGCAACAGCAAGUGACAGUGAAGAGGACGUGAAUAAUGGCAGUUUUUCCACAUUCUAA